GAGCACAAAUAGAGUAAAAGAUAUGACUAAGAGGGGUUUGACUCACCAGACUGAUUGAGAGCCCGUGUUAAAUGUAACGCAACCACUCCGACUCCACCAGUUCAAGCUGACCUCUGCAUGUGAUAAAGAGCCUCCGGGAGGACACGCUGAGCUCCUGGCUGCAGAUCCCUCGGCGUCCUGCAGAGGGAGACACGCUGUCCAGCACAAAAACCAGGCAGCAGCAGCAGGAGCAAGUGCGGUGCCAUCGACCUGAGAGGAGCGGACGCUGUUCCGCCGUCGUGAGGAAACACCGCACAGAUGAAGGGACCCUCGCGGAUAACUAUCACAUAUUCCUCCGUUUGAUUAUUGCAACACAUUGUCCUUCCUCUCACCGGGAUUGCGCCGUCGCUCUGAGUCUUUCGUACGGAGGGCUUGCCUGUUUUUCCUCCGGGAGGCUGAAUGGAAGCAGCAGCCGAGGGAGCGGUCGGGCUGUCCGAGGCCAGGGACGGGAGCCCGCUGUCCGGGGCCACAGCAUCCGAUGAUGGGGACACCGUCGUUGGAGUUAGCUACGGGAUGGACGCCACAGACACGGAUGCUGCUGCUAGGAAAGCCUUCAUCACAGAGAUGCCCUCAUCCUCAGGCCAGCCUGGUCAGGGAAAGAAGAUUGGCCACAGAGGGGUGGAUGCAUCAGGAGAAACUACGUACAAGAAGACCACAUCCUCAGCCUUGAAAGGUGCCAUCCAGCUGGGCAUCGGCUACACAGUGGGCAACCUGAGCUCCAAGCCUGAGAGAGAUGUGUUGAUGCAGGACUUCUACGUGGUGGAGAGCAUCUUUUUCCCCAGUGAAGGCAGCAACCUCACUCCAGCCCACCAUUUCCCGGACUUCCGCUUUAAAACAUACGCUCCCGUGGCCUUCCGCUACUUCAGAGAACUGUUUGGCAUCAGGCCAGAUGACUACCUGUACUCCCUCUGUAAUGAGCCUCUGAUCGAGCUGUCCAAUCCUGGAGCGAGUGGCUCGGUCUUCUAUCUCACGAGGGACGACGAGUUCAUCAUCAAGACUGUGAUGCACAAGGAGGCUGAAUUCUUACAGAAACUACUGCCUGGAUACUACAUGAACUUGAAUCAGAACCCUCGCACUUUGCUGCCCAAGUUCUUCGGCCUCUACUGUGUCCAGUCGGGCGGUAAGAACAUCCGCGUGGUGGUGAUGAACAACGUCCUUCCCCGCGUAGUUCGCAUGCACCUCAAAUAUGACCUGAAGGGCUCCACCUACAAGAGGCGAGCAUCGAAGAAGGAAAGAGAGAAGGCCAGGCCCACUUUCAAGGACCUGGACUUCAUGCAAGACCUGCAGGACGGACUGAUGCUGGACCAGGACACAUACAACGCGCUGGUCAAGACCCUACAGAGAGACUGCCUGGUGCUGGAAAGCUUUAAGAUCAUGGACUACAGUCUGCUGCUCGGGGUUCACAACAUGGACCAGGCGGAGAGGGAGAGGCAGAUGGAAGGCUCCCAGGGCGAAAGCGAUGAGAAGAGGCCCGUGGCCCAGCAGAAGGCCCUGUACUCCACCGCCAUGGAGUCCAUCCAGGGAGGAGCGGCCUGCGGAGGGUCCAUCGACACUGACGACACGAUGGGCGGUAUCCCAGCUGUGAAUGGAAGAGGGGAGAGACUUCUUCUCUACGUCGGAAUCAUCGACAUCCUGCAAUCCUACAGGCUAAUCAAGAAGCUGGAGCACACAUGGAAGGCUUUGGUUCAUGACGGGGACACUGUAUCAGUCCACCGGCCAGGCUUCUACGCCGACAGGUUCUUCAAGUUCAUGAGCAGCACAGUUUUCAAGAAGAGCUCCUCUCUGAAGUCAUCGCCAUCCAAGAAGGGCCGUGUGUCGUUGUCAGUGCCUAAGUGUGCUGGUCCUGGUGCAGCCUGGUCAGCCAGCCAGCUCCCCUCGGAGCGAGACGAGAACAUCUACGACCUGAGAGGAGCUCGCAGCUUCCCGACGCUGGAGGAUGAGGGGCGACCAGAUCUUCUUUCAUGUACUCCUCCAUCGUUUGAAGAGGCCACCACAGCGUCAAUUGCCACCACCCUCUCCUCCACCACCUCUCUGUCCAUCCCCGAGAGAUCCCCCUCUGACACUGCCGAGAACCCCCGCUACAGGAGGCACACCCAGUCUCUCACCCAUGACGGGAGGACCCAGGAGGAGCUGCGGGUGCGCGAGGAUGAUCAGCAGACCAUCACAGUGGAGGUGGAGUUGAAGAGACGCGACAGCGAGCCCACCCUUUCCAUUCCACAGCCUUCCCCUGAAACCAGUGAGGUCGAGGAAGGAGCUGGCACAGAGGCUGCUGACGCCACUGCAGCGGCACCCUCCAGCUCUUCACCAGCACCUGAAGCGGCCUCCUCCUCCUCCUCGUCUGCCCCAGCUGCUCCCUCUUGUUCAGGGGCAGCCAGUGAAGCCCCGUCCAGUCCCAAGGUAGUGAUGGAGGCAGACAGGGCCAGUCAGAUGUCCGGUUCAGGGUGCACCAGCCAGGCUUCAGUCGAUGAUGAAGAUGAUGUGCCAAUCACAGAUAUCUACUUUCCUCAAGACGACAGGACCUGGGUGUACUCUCCGCUACACUAUGGCUCAGAGUCUAAGGCCCUGCCAGAUGGGGAUUGGGAAAGAGAGACAUAAGCCCUGUUCUCUGGCAGAGAGGAGCGAACGUCUCAUUGGAGAGGACUCAUCGGUCUGAAGUCCAGACCUCAGCGGUAGCAGCAGGAUCUCUGUCUGAACCAGGAUUUUAAACAUGCAUACUGAAACCGAACACUCUGAGGGGGAAAUUGACUUGCGUACCAGAGAGAGGGGGGGUGGGGGGGGGAUCCUGACAGUGAUGAACAUCACUGAUUUCCAACCAUCCCUGCCUUUCACCCUUGACAAAUGACAAAUUAUAUCAAUUUAAUAAUAAUGUGUAUGUGUGACAUACAGUAGUGUGUAUACGGCUGUAGUCCUAUAUGUUUGACAUACAAGAAAGACCAUAGUAACUUACUGUGCCUAUGAGAAGUAUUCACCCCACUUGGAAGUUUUGAUGGCCACAUUAAAUCCCCUUCGAUUCAAUGUUAUAAAACAAUAAAACAUGAUAACUUCCAAGUGGGGUGAAUACUUUUUUAUAGGUACAGAUACAGGAUGUUCUAGUUCACACAGGCACAGCGCUCUGACAGGCUCUACAGGCUUGGCCACUCACUGCCCCUCACCUGGAAAACAGUUUAAACAACUGAAAGACAGUUCAACAACACAAAAAGAUAGAUAAUCACUUUCACCUUUGGGUCAAGAUUGGCCUCGACUCUCGCAAUGCUCGUCCUGCUCAGGUCUUCUUGCUGCCUGUGACAUCCAUCUGAGCGUAUAGGACAUGCGGCUACUUAUAGACUGCAGUGUGCUGAGUGAGGAGUGAGUGUUGGGGCCUGUGGUGUCGGAGGGCUCUGCUUGUGCUCAUAGAACUGGAGUUGCACCGAUAACCGUUGUUUGGUAAAAAAAAAGGGACAUCUGGACUCUGUCGUCCUUACAUUUCCAGUAGUGAAUAUAUGCAGUUUAGUUUAUGGAGGAAAGGGUUUAAGUGCAUCAUUUCCUUUAGUGAAUAUAUACAGUGAUCAUAAGUUGUUUCAUUCGUAGCAUUAUCAUUUCUUCUUUUACUGCUGGUCGCUUCUAUUUAUUUGUCCGUUUGUAUUUUAUUCCAAACUAUACUGUUUUCUGUUACUUUUGUACUUCUUUUUUUUAUUAUUAUUUGCAUCCAAAGAAUGUUCUCUUUUUGUUUUCUAUAAUUCCAUCUCUGCAGCUUUUUAUUUUCCCUGUUGUUUUUUUUACAUCACGUGUUUGUCGUGUAAACUCUAAACUACUUUUUUCACUACUUCUCUUGUGUGGAAACAACUGAGGCUUAUGACUCCUGCCUUCAUAACCGAAGGCAUCAGUCGCAACACUAAGGCAGCAGACAUUGUCAGUCAUUAUAGUAACCUUCACAUCAUUGCAAUGUCUUCCAGUGUUGCCCUAUUUUUGGACAGAUGCACACAAAUCAUUUGUAACAAUAUAAAUUCAUAUUUUAUUUUAGGUGGAAAAAUAAUAAGCAUAUCAGUGACAGUUGCUAUAUCUGGUCGCCCUCACCUCAUAAUAAGAAAUCCAUCGACUGGACAUUUCCAAUGUUUGUAGAUGUAGAGCAUCAGUUGUAGUAUUUGCAGUUGAUAUCGUACCUGUUAUCUGUAUAUUUGAAUGAACACACAGUGUUGACUUGGUGAGACACAGCAGUUUGUUAAUGGGUUGAAUUGCACUUAAGAGGACCUGAAAAUGAACUAGUGAUAGAGGCCAAAUAAACAUACAUUACUUUGUUUCUGCUCACACAGGCUGAUGUUUAGGCAGCAUUUCUUUUAGGAAUAUUAAGUGAGCGUGUGUGCUGGUGAAGUCAAUCACAGUCAUUGUAAGUGUUUACUGUAGUCUCUCUGUGGCUGACAUCUUAGGACUCUCAAGUAAGACAUGUUAAAGUUCAACAAACUGAUUUUUUAAAAUCUAACUUCAGAAACUGUGUCUUCCGUUGGUUGGUACGUUUCUGAGUGUGUUAGUGUGUAACGGAGGAAACCUCAAUGUCAGACAUUGUAAAAUAGAAAUCAGUUUGUUCCCAUGACGUGCAGUGGCCAGUUGUAAUCAGUUUGCUGUCAUUCAUCAGAUGGAGACCAUAGCAGCAAUAUUUUGUACAGUCUAGCUCUUAAGUUCAUUUGUAUUGCCUUAUUGAGAAAUGUUACAUGUAGGCCUAUCGUUUAUAUUUUUUUUUUCACUUGUGCUGUUGUAUUUAUUUUUCUUUCUCAUAGUUGUGCUCCUGAGAAUGUGUACAUACAAUUAUAAAUACAUAUAUAAAGAUAUACAGAUAUAUUUUCCAUUUGAAUCGGAGAAUAUUAUUUUUAUUUGGUUUUAUUUUUGCUGCUGGGCAAGAAAUGAUUGCAAUCUACAUAAUUUACUGUACCAUUGUCUUCAGCGUGUUUAUUGAGAUGCAGCUGCUGUAUAUUUAUGGUCUAUAAACCACAGCUGUUUCUUUAUAAGAUAUCCAACAUUGAAAGAUUUGUGGGUUUUACUGUACAUGCAAAUCAAUAGGGAUUCUUCCAACUGUUUGAGCUGUGUUGUGUAUGUGUUUUCAAAUCGCUGUGUGCCCUCAUCCAAUAGGGAGAGUCCUUGACAGAGACAUAGCAUGAUUUCAAAAUGAAUAUGCAUAUCAGAAAUGUGUAUUUAUGUAUAUCUGUGUAUACUCAUCUAUUUAUACAUGACGAUAAAUAGAUGGCUGUAUGUGCGUGUGUGUUUGGACUCAUUCAGAAUGAAUACAAAAUAAAGCAGUUCUAUGAAUUGUUCAUGGA